GAGCAAAGCGGGUUUGGUGCUUGAGCCGGAUUGUUUGUCUUUCAGAGCUUAGAGUGCAUGAAGGAGAGAUUGAGAUUUUGUCAGUUUGUCGGGGCAACAUUAGGACACGAUGGUCAGUUGGCUCAGACCACUGCCUUUUUUUUAGGAUUUCGUGAGAACACACUUCCGGAUGUUCAUUCAUGAGAUUCCCUGUUGAAGUGGACCCAACCCAGCUUUCUUUUCGUAAUGACAUCUGCAGUAAAUUUCCACAAGGUUUGGAUACCUUCAGUUUCCUUCCUUUAAAUAUACUAAACUGCUGAAUUUUAUGAUAUUUUGUCUUGUGUUGAAAACCUUGAAAUGGUCUCCAUGGAUCCAUCUAGUUUCCUCUGCCUUUCCAAGGUCAGACCGCAGGGACAGCAGUCUAAACUAAGAGGCUGAGACUUCCCUCACCCCAGAAACCUCAGGACUACGGAGAGACUGUCCCUGAUUCCCACAGUGGCUUCAAUCAAAGGUGUGAAGUACACUAUGUGUUUUUGUUACGACUCGCAAAAAGAACUCAUCGCAUGAUGCUGAGAGCAGAUCAGAUUGACUUACUUCUCAAAGGCCCAUACAUCUGGUGUGAGCUGUAGGUUACACACAUGAAGCCAACACCAUUACAUCAUCUGUGAAAAAGAAGUGAUUUCAUCCUCAGUUCAUUGAACUUGUGUCUGAAAUGUUCGAGGCCUCCUGUCCUGAAAACCAGGAUCAAAGAUGUGGGCAAGGGGCAGCCAUCUUUAAUAUCAAGUCUGACUUGCCUUUGAGAACAUUACUCCCUUGGUGACCCCUCAACUUCAGGAAGACUUUCCCCUAAGCUGUCUCCAACAGAACAUGUAGUCUGUGGGAUCAUGUGGUUAUUUCCACUGUCAGACGCUGUUGGUCUGUAUAGAAUCAGACAAGUAAAUCUGUAGAGUUACGCAGUCGGUAGGGAGCAUUUUCAUUGAAAAAAAGAUUGGUCUUGUUCCUCCACUUAUCCAUGGUCGGGUCCUGGGGACAGUAGUUCAAGUGAUGAGGUCAGACUUCAUUCUUCCCAAAAGCUCAGGCUUAGGUCAACCAAGAAACACCAGGUUCAGGUCCAACUCUUAAAACUGAGAAGCUUCACGCUGAGUCUCACCUGCAUGGCCAAGCUCUUACUCUAAAGUGAGUCCUAACUACUUCAGCGCUGCAAAACGUAUGACUCUAGGUGAGAGAAGAAGGAUGGAUCGAGCUUUGCCUUUUGGCUCAGUUCAGUCUCAGCAAAUCACAUGCUCCAGCUUAUGAUCACCGGAAAACAGGUGCUUGAACCAGGGUCUGUGACCCAACGAAGCUGACCCCGAUCCAUGCCUUCCUUCUCCCCAAAAGGAAUCGGUGAGGAGCUAAGCAUGAGCACAUCCUUCCUGUAAAUAUUCAUCUCCACAUUCCUGUGUCAACCAAAUUUUCUGCUUAGUUGGCACAUUUUAGGAGUUUUGUUCAGUCCUCCAGGCACGUGUUGUUGGACACGCUGACUCCUCCGGUGCGGGCAAGAAAAGCCGAGGCAGCAGAGAACAUGUGUACCGGUCAGUGUGGAGAUGAACCCUUUAGCUGUUCUAUACCAUCGAUGUCAUAUUAAUCACUUUGGGAUCAGAGUUCUAGAGCGCUCCGAUCAGCAGUGGGAGGAAACCAAAGACACAAGGAAGCUACACUGUGGCGAGUGAGAGAAAGUAACAGAUGGACUUGAGGAUUAAAGAGGAGAAAUCUGUGACAGUUCGUGGGGGAAACUCACUCAAGAUGAGGGCGAAAUGACGGGAGCGAGCAAAGGGAGCAUGAGCAGCUGACGGGAGCACAGGAAGAGAAGAGAAGACUCCGCAUUCAGUGCAGGUGGCCUUUAAUCCGAUCCACCACUGGAUGAUUACCGCCCCCAGCCCGAAGGUAACUGCAAGACGUUUCAAUAAUCGGCUCAAUCGCGCCGGAGAAGUACAGGAGGAGGACGAGGAAGCGGCAAAUCCGCUGGAUCAGACUUUUAUCUUCAUCUGACUGGAACAAGAUGAUGGGAGAGAGAGCGCAAACAGUGAAAGAAGAGUGGCGUGCGCUGAAGAUCUUCCCCGUGGCUUCCUUGUGUUUGAGUCCUUGACAGCCACAGGAGCAGGAUUUCCUCCGCUCACUCUUCAGAAGCGGCCACUUCUCCUCAUUGUCCCGUCCGUCUCCUGCUGUUUUAUAACUUUCUGAUUUUCCUGACUAAUACGGGAGCUGGUUCCUCACAGCACAUCUGUGCUGGAAGUGAUUAAAUCCCAGCAGCUGAUAUUUCUCCACUGUCCUCUGACCUCAGCUCAUCCCCUGCUCUCCUCCUUCAAUCCCCCCGCACCAUCGUUCCUCAUUCCAGCUCCCCUGCUGACCUUUGUUCUUGUUCUCAAACGUCUCUAAUCCCCUCUCCUCGCUUUAUCUUUUCCACUCUAUGAAUUGAAUCUUAGCUGCAUCAUUGCAUCACUCAUUUGUUCUUGUGAUGUCACCAAAACCCUCGACCUGACCCCAGCGAUCCUGAAUAACUCCUCUUGAAACCUGGAUCCACCUCUCUCUCUGUCUCUCUCUCUCUCUGAGUUUUGAAACUUGGAGCACUGUGACAUCAUCCUGGCUCUGUUUGCCAAAGCUGCCUCCAUGUUGGAGAAAGUGUCCAGGAGAAACCGCUCCCUGCUCUCCCUCUCCCUCACCUCUCUGGCCCUGACCUUGUCCGUCUCAGCUUUCUGCACGUCCUACUGGUGCGUGGGGACUCACAAGGUGGUGAAGCCGCUCUGCCUGUCGCCGGUCAAAAUGAAGAACUGCGGCCAGAACAACAGCCAGCCUUACACCACAGAGGCUCCCACUCCGGACCCCAAAAGCCCAUCAACCAAUGUGACCCUGACCCCUCUACAGAAGGAAGAACUGGCCCGGCUAAAGAGAAAGCAGAUGGCGAACGCUGUCCACUACAUCUGGGAGACGGGAGAAGACAAAUACAUGCUGCGCUACUUCCACACGGGAUUCUGGCUGUCCUGCGAGAAGCACAACGAAGGUGAAGACCAGGAGGAAAAGUGCCGCAGCUUCAUCGAGCUGACUCCAGGAGAGACACAAGGCGUGCUGUGGCUCUCGGUCAUCAGCGAGUUCACCUACAUUGGGCUUCUGGCGAUGGGCUUCCUGCUCAUGUGUGUGGAGGUGAUCUGUCUUUGUGCCAAGAGAGAGAUGAACGCACUGAAGAUCAACGCCUUCGCUGCCAUGUGCACCGUCCUGUCAGGUAUGAUGGGGAUGGUCGCCCACAUGAUGUACACCACCGUGUUCCAGAUGACCGUCAGCAUCGGGCCGAAAGACUGGAGACCCCAGAGCUGGGACUACGGCUGGUCCUUCGCGAUGGCCUGGCUCUCCUUCAGCUGCUGCAUGGCGGCCGCCGUGGCCACACUCAACUCCUACACCAAGACCAUCAUCGAGAUGAAGCACCGCGCCCGGGUGCGGCUGGAGGAGGUCCGCGCCUCGAGCCACGCCCCCUCCUACGAAGAAGUGGUCCGAGGCGGCGGGGGCAGCAUCUACUCCGUCAGCCAGCUGAUCCAGCUGGGCCAGCAGGGGGUGCUCAUGGACUCGCUGUGGCCCCGAGGGGUGGGACCCGCCGUGGGGCCCCUGGCGUGCGGGGCCGGAGGCGCGCUGUUGGUGGGCGGUGCCGGCAUCGGCGUCGGAGCUAUAGGGAGGAUGGGCUCGGUGGGAGCAGUGGGAGGACGACUGGUGGACCCCCUGGUGGUGGUGGAGGGCUGCUGCGCCGAAGGAUGUGAAGACUGUGAGCGUGAGAUGGAUGAGAUAGAAUACUCUCUGCAGGAAGAGAGAGAGGACUCACUCUGCUGAGCCCUGGCGCUCAGUUGUUUCACUUGUUUCCUACAGAAACAUUAAAUCGUUUCAAUACGUCUCUGGAUCGUCUUGUUUUUGGUUUCCUUUCCUUUGAGUGAGAGACAAAGACAAGGAAGAAUCCUGACAGAUGAAAGAAAAGAAACACUUUUCUGUGCUCAUGGUUCCAUUUUCCUCUGUCCAGGUAGUUUCUAUAUUUGUUCUCAUUUGUAUAAACACUUUUUUGCUUGUUUUUACCUGCUUAUUUUACUGUAUUAUUGUUAUUAUUGUCAUAUAUUUGAGAGGCAGACUAUAUUUCCCUGGUGUAAUUCAGGGUUUCCUCGAGCGACAGACAAACUCCAGCAGCUUUGGAAGGUGCAGCAGAUGUUUUCCAGCUCUGGCGGCAGAUUAAGUCGCUAAUCUGAGGGACUCUCUGAUGCCGAACUGAACCAGUAAUUAAAAAUAUUCAAUUAAACCAGAGAACUGGUUAUACAACACAACGGCCGGGUCACAUGACCAAGACCGACGAUCCACAAUCAAUGAGGUUCCUGAUGACUGGUGAGUUUCUGUUGGAAGGUGAAGUUGUGACACGUGUCCGAGUCGAGCAGCAGUGGUUCAAACUCACAUGAGAUUUGUGCCGCAGGUGGAGCUUCACAGAGCUUCAUCGAGAUCGAGGUGAAGCCUCUUCCUUACUGUUGACAGGAAGCUCAUUUUAUUGAUUUGAAUCAAAACUGUUUGGAUCCUGAUUUCUAUUUUUCUAUUUUAAUUAUUUGGCCGAUUUAAAAAAAACAUUUUUUCACCAGUUUUUUUCUGUAGUGCUUCAAUUAA